ACAAAGUAAGGUAACUUGAAGCUCUAAUAAUCAUAAUGGAGUUUUCUUGGAGAUUAUUAAUAUUGCUCUUCAUUGUUUCCUUCCUAAUCAUAUCAAAGCUUUUGAAGAAACCAACUACCACAAAACUACCCCCUGGUCCUCCAAAGUUACCCUUGAUCGGUAACCUCCAUCAGCUAGCAUCCAAAACCACCCUUCCCCACCGCCGACUAGCGGAGUUAGCAACCGUUUACGGCCCGAUCAUGCGCCUCCGCCUAGGGGAAGUUCCUACCAUUGUCAUAUCAUCGGCUGAGAUGGCCAAAGAGGUGAUGAAAACUCAUGAUGCUUUGCUUUGCAAUAGGCCAAAAAUGAUGAUGCCCCAAGUUGUGUUCUACAACUGCAGUGACAUCGCUCUCACCCCCUACGGCGAGUAUUGGCGGCAAGUCCGCAAGAUCGCCACCCUCGAGCUCUUUACCGCCAGCCGUGUUCAGGUAUUUCGGCCCAUAAGGGAGGAGGAGGUCCGGGAUGUUGUCAAGUCUCUAGCUUCCAAGGUUGGCUCUGUGGUUAACCUUAGCAACACAAUUUUCACUCUCACGUUUAACAUCACUUUAAGAUUAGCAAUGAACAAGAAAGGCCAAGACGGAGAAGUUUUCAGAGAACUUAUAGCAGAUGUAGCAGAGAGUGUCUCUGGCUUUUCGAUUGGUGAUCUAUAUCCAUCGUUGAAGUUUAUAAGUACCAUAACUGGGAUGAAAAGGAAACUGCAAGGGAUUGUCAUGAGAUUUGAUAGGAUAAUGGACCCCAUAAUAGAGGAACAUAUGUCUGUGGAAAAACAAAGUAAAGAAGAGGAAGACUUAAUUGAUGUUCUCUUGAAAUUUCACAACGACAACCUACAUCUUGGCGCAAAAUUCUCCCUUACUACCAAUAACAUCAAGGCCAUAGUUAUUGAGUUAUUCAGUGCUGCAAGUGAGACAUCUUCAACAACGAUAGAAUGGGCAAUGUCUGAAUUAUUAAAGAAUCCUACAGAAAUGGAAAAGGCACAAGAUGAGGUGCGACGAGUAUUGCAAGGUAAAGAAACAAUGGUUGAUAAUCCAAGUCUAGACAAGCUCAAGUACUUGAAACUUAUAAUCAAAGAAACUUUAAGGCUUCAUCCUCCUUUACCUUGCUUGGUUCCUAGAGAAGCUAUGGCUAGAUGUCAAAUUAAUGGUUAUGAAGUACCUUCAAAUUCUCGAAUUUUCAUUAAUGCAUGGGCUAUUGGAAGAGAUCCAGUACAUUGGAAAGAUCCUGAAAUGUUUAAUCCAAGAAGAUUUGAAGGGUCUUUGAUUGAUUAUAAAGGAGCACAUUUUGAGUUAAUUCCAUUUGGUUCCGGAAGAAGGAUAUGCCCUGGAAUUGGACUUGCUACUGCGACUAUUGAGCUCGUGCUAGCCAUGUUGCUUUAUCAUUUUGAUUGGAAGUUAGCUAAUGGGACUACAGCUGAAGACUUGGACAUGAAUGAGACUUUUGGCAUAGGAGGGAGGAGGAAAAAUGACUUACAAGUGACUCAUUCCCUUUAUUCUUGCUCAGGCUUCAAAUGA